GUGGAGAGUGAUGCGGAGAGUGUUGCCAGCACAGUCCCGGAUAGCGAUCGUGGAGAAGACGGGCCUCCGACGGAGCCUGGACCGGAAGAAAGUGCCGCAGGGCCCUGCGAGGAGAAGGCUGACUCCGCCCCGGCAGCUCAAGAGCUGCAGAAUUCUUUGGUCGAAGAACAGGAGUCUGCCUUCCCUGGUCUGCAACCGGAGGACUACCGCGCCAGGCUCCAAGCGGCCAAGGCGGUUGCUGAGGAGCUUCGGUCGAAGGAGCCGCUUUUGCAGAACGGGCAGCGGACGGUGCGAGACAAUCCCAACUUCGUCCAGACUUUCUUCAAAGCGAGCCGACUUCAUUUCAUCGGUGUGUGGCGCGAGCGCUACGAGGAAAUCCUUGACAGCCUGCCACCGCCUCCGCCACGCCCUGCCUUGCGUGGCAAGUCGGUUUUCCUACAUAUCGACAUGGACUGCUUCUUCGCCAGUGUUGCCACCCGUGGCCGCACGCAGACCUUUGCAGGUUUGCCCGUCGCCGUGGCGUGGGGCACUGGAAGCAGCAGCGAGAUUUCCUCAGCCAACUACUGCGCUCGGGCUUACGGUAUUCGUGCUGGGAUGUGGGCCGGCGAGGCCUUCCAGUUGUGCCCAGACUUGGUGGUGAUGCCCUACGAGUUCGACGCCAUCAUGGAGACUGCGGAGCUAUUCUACAGGAGUGUGCUUGAAACCACUCCCUACGUGCAAGGCAUCUCGUGUGACGAGGUCUUCGCAGACGUCUCGCACCUUGUGCAGGAUGACGUACGUUCAUGGCAGGCUCUCGCGCGGAAGAUCCGCGCUGACAUCUGGAGUCGAAGUGGAUGCGUUGCCUCGAUUGGCGUGGCUAAAAAUCGGCUGCUUGCCAGGCUGGCGACAAAGUUUGCAAAGCCGCGACCGGGAUGCAGAAAGUGUGGAAAAGCCGCGCUGGACCGCGCUGGCGAGGAAAGCGGGCUCCGCCCUUGCGAUGAGCACGCAGGUAUUUUCCUGCUGGAGGAGAGCUCCGAGUGCCUGGCGGCGCUUCCGGCGAGGGAGCUGCCGGGCGUGGGCCCCGAGAGUGAGAAGCAGCUCCAGAAAUCUGGAGUACAAACAGUGGGCGACCUGCGAACUGUUCCUUUGGCAAAGCUCCGGGAGCUCUUCGGCGAGAAGCAGGCGCAAUCCCUUUUUCGACUUUGUCGAGGCAUCGACGACCGGCCUUGGGAUCCUCGGCCAGCUCGCAAGUCCGUGGGUGCACAGAUCGCCUGGGGCGUCCGCUUCGAAGGUUCCGAAGCUCUCCGCCGCUUUGUUGCGGAGCUGACGACGGAGGCGCUGCGCCGCCUGGAGCGCCAUGGGCGAAGGGGCAGCUCGCUCACGGUGAAGGUCUGGAAAGCCCGGCCAGAUGCCCCUCACUGCGGAGGCGUCGGCAGUGGAGGCUGCGACAUCCUCUCGCGCUCCGCGCAGUUCGCCACGGAUCCCGGCCUUGCUCCGGCUGCAGUGGAGGCCACAUGUGCAGAAGCCUGGAGGCUCUGCGAGAGCACCGGCGCAACUCCGGCACAAGUCCGUGGGUUUGGAAUCCACAUCGGUGGUUUAGAGAAGGCUCAGCCGAGCAUUCCUUCCCUGAUCGAGAGCCGCAAGCCACAAAGUCUGGAGAAAGUGAUCCUGCAUCUGGAUGUGGACUGCUUCUUCUUGGCCGUCCACGAGAAGUACGACCCUUCUUUGAAGGAAGCAGGACCACUGGUUCUGUGGCAGUACAACGACGUCAUUUGCAUUAGCCCUGAAGCAAAAGCCGCUGGGGUGAAGAAGCAUAUGCGGCCAAGCGAGGCGCAGCCCCUCGUCGACAGCAUCGGCGGGCGCAUGGUGCACGCCUUCUCCAGGCGCUGGCCAGGUCCCCGCGUCUGGUAUGGCCCCUACCAGACCAUCAGCAGGGAGAUGUUCGCUCAUCUCCACAGGCUGCUGGCUGAGGAGCCGGGUGGCUUUAUCCUGGAGCGGCUCAGCAUCGAUGAGGCCAGGGACGUCUCCGACGUCCUUGCACCAUACAGUCCUGAAAGGGUAGUCUGCUUUGUCGAGGCCUUCCUGGAAGCUUCAGAGGCCGUGGCAGGUGCAGAUCGCUAUGCGCAGGCGAAAAGCCUUGCUCAGAAGCUCGUCACAGAGCUUCAAGCGACCAUCGGAGUCCGUGUCAGUGUCGGCAUCGCUCCCAACCGCCUGCUUGCAAAGCUGGGUUCCAUCGCAGCAAAGCCGCCCCGCGGGGACGGCAUCUGCAUCGUCGAAGGUCCCGAUUCCUGUGCUUCUCCGGCAUUUGAGAGACUCGAGACAUGA